UCGGAAGUUCUCGGCUGCUGUUGCGAGGAAAUGGGCACCGGUGGGAGGAGUGGGUUACGGCCAGGCAAGGGAAACACAGAAGGGGUGGCCGCGGGCAAGGGGAACACGGAUGGGGUUGCAGCAACUCCUACUGCUGCCUCGGCCUCCUGCCAGUACAGGUGCAUCGAAUGCAACCAAGAGGCCAAGGAGUUGUACCGAGACUAUAACCACGGAGUGCUGAAGAUAACCAUCUGCAAAUCCUGCCAGAAACCUGUAGACAAAUAUAUCGAGUAUGAUCCUGUUAUCAUCUUGAUUAACGCUAUUUUAUGCAAAGCCCAGGCCUACAGACAUAUUCUUUUCAAUACUAAAAUAAAUAUGCAUGGAAAACUCUGCAUAUUUUGUUUGCUUUGUGAAGCAUACCUGAGGUGGUGGCAGCUUCAAGAUUCAAACCAGAACGCUGAUCCUAACGACUUCAUCAGAUAUGCCAAAGAAUGGGAUUUCUAUAGAAUGUUCGCAGUUGCCUCUCUAGAACAAACUGCCUUUUUUAUUGGCAUUUUUACUUUCCUGUGGGUAGAACGACCGAUGACAGCAAAAAAAAAACCCAACUUCAUUUUGCUGCUGAAAGCAUUAUUAUUAUCUAGCUAUGGAAAACUCUUGCUGAUUCCAGCUGUCAUUUGGGAGCAUGACUACACACCGCUGUGCCUCCGACUCAUUAAAGUAUUUGUCCUUACAUCAAAUUUUCAGGCAAUUAGAGUGACCCUGAACAUCAACCGAAAGCUCUCCUUUCUGGCCAUCUUGAGUGGUUUACUGAUGGAAAGCACCAUGGUCUACUUCUUCCAGAGGAUGGAAUGGGAUGUGGGAAGUGAUUGUGCCAUCUAUAAAUCCCAAGACUUUUGAAGAGGUACAGAAGCCUCUCUGUCCACACAUUCGGACAGGCAUCCUCCUCAAACAAGACAAACGCCAUCAUAAAAUAAGGAGGUGCCCUUCUAUGACCCCUCCCCACCAGCCCCUGAUUGCCCCUGGGUCACUCCAUCCCCCCCCCCGAGGACUGUAGUGUGCAUCUCAGGGUCCUUGUCACCCUCAGGGACAGCCACAUCUGUGUUCUGUUGCUUCUAGAGGCCCUGUUCGCCACUUCUCUAAUAGCUGCACCCCACACCCCUCGUACGGAGACCUCAGGCUCUGAAAUCUGCUCUCUCCCCUCCACCAUCCCCGCUCUGGGCUGCCUUUGCACCUCCAGUCCCUUGACCCCCACUUCUGGCCUACCUCGCCUCUCUUUUUACCGUACCUGCAAAUGUAGGCAGCUGCCGAUUCAUCGCCAUUAGUCCCUUGAAACUGCUUCUUGCCCUCCUGCCAGAUGUGCCUUCUUAGAGCCAUUUGGGUGAGUCUCCGUCUGUGUUCCCUGAGUCCAGCGCUGCGUGUGCACAGAGCCUCGGCUGGCCCUCAGUGUUGCUCCUCUGCCUUCGUGGUCACCUCCAGGGAACCUCCCAUCCCAUGGUUCUGGAACCUUCCCCACGCUUCUUCCUCCCAGGUCUGCCCUCACUUUGCUGAGAGUCAGGCCCAUUACAGAGUCCUUGAACUUCCUUCCUUCUUCAAUCCAGAACUGCUUUGGUCACCUGUCUUCUUUCCUCCUUCCCUCCCUCCUGGCCCAGACUUGUGCCCCUCUUCCUAUCUGUAAGUGUCCUCCCCCACUCUGGUCACAGUCAAGACUCCUGGCCCGCAGACUGUGGCAGCUGUAGGGUUGAGGAGCAGCCUCGGAGGCUGGGUUGUGGGGUGCAGGUGACGAAGGCACAGAAGCAGCAGGGAAACAGCCCAGCUCCAAACCUUCUCCACCUCUGCUCGCUCAUCAGUCCUGUGGCCUCAGUCUCCCCUCAUGCUGGGUCAGUGCUCCUCCCUUCCAGGUCUUCAGACACUGCUCCUCCAUUAUCCACUCCACCGCACUGGCUCCUUCCCCUUGGCAAAAUACACAGUUCUCUGUUCUAGAACAACUGGUCUCAGCCUGUUUCUUCACCACCUUCCCUCUUUGUGGAACAUACUUUCUCCCACGGUCUCCUGAAUCUGCACUCCUAAAAAUCAGAGGGAAGCCGGUGGCCAGCUCUCCGUCAGAGCCCUCGCUUAGCUCCGCUCUGGAAGCUAAGUCAGAGCCCCUCCUUCUGAAACAGGCGGCCCACACUGUCAGGUCGGUUUGUUCGCAGACUUCCCAGUCUGUCCCCGGACUCGUCCUCGGCGCUCCUGUUCUCACGCUCAGCGGUGGCAGUGCCCAUGGCCUGGCCCGUUCCUUCUCCCGGGGCUCAGGCCGCCCAGACCUAGCAGCUCCAGCUCGCCCCUCUGCCCGGCCGCCGCGCCCUCCACCCCCCAGCAGGGCCUCUGAAGUCCUACUCCGCCUCUCUCCCGUCGACCCACCAAAACAGUCCUUUCCGGAUGCUUUUCUCUGGAAAUGUCCCUUCUCACUCAGACCCCAGGGCAGCCUGUGUUGUCUCCUGCCUAAAGGUUUGUAACAGCCUCCUCACAGCCUUCCACCCACACACUGGUGCCACAGAAAUCUUCAGCAGGCAUCGCUUCUGGGGGUCCCUCUGAAUUUUUCACCAUUUCUUAUUGCCAACACAGGAGUUUCUAGUCUCUUCCUGAGGAACGUCUUUUAGCUUUCUCUUCGCUUACGUGUGGUCCUCAAUAGUCCAUUCCUAAGUCCCUCUCCGCAGGCAUCUUCCUACCCACAUCCUCUACUACGGUCUUCUCUUCAUCUCCAAAUAUGGCUUAUGCUCUCCUCGGGGCCUCUUCUCCCCCUAACCAGAUCCAGUCAGUCCUCUGCUUCUCCGUGGAAGGAAAACUGUCCAAAACCUCGAGUCUGUGCUCUCACUCCCACUGACUUGCCAGGGCCCAGCUCAACACCCCAGCGGUCAUGUCCAGGAUCUGCCGAGACUGUGCCAGUGCCCAAUACUUGGCCCCAACGUCCACAGGCGCUUCUAGUUGUCAGGCUAUCCAUCAUAAUUUCCGGUCAGGAUAAUAAGGUCACCUGUCUCUCACGACCAUUUGAAAACCGUUCUCCUCCUUUAUGUUAGCUCAUGUUUUCUAUUGUCCUUGUCUUAUAUUCAAAUCCCAUGCGUUUAUGCCUGACUCCCCCAGCCUGGUAAACAGAGACCAGGAGGUUGUACGUGAGGAAAUAUGUAUUUCCCACAGCACAGGGCCUGCCCUAGUAAGUAUUUGAUUCACUGCUCGCUCAUCAAUCCUCUGGCCUCAGUCUCCCCUCAUGCUGGGUCAGUGUUCCUCCCUUAUAGGUCCCAUCACAUUCAGCGGAAUGUGCCACUCUCAAUACUUCUUUUAUCAUCCACUGUUGGAUUCUUUAUCAUCUGUGGCAUGACCAACUACGUCCCAAAAAGAGAAGACAUAAAAUACAAGCUCCUCCUGUGUGUUGAGCAAAAUGAAGCAAAGAUUUGGAUACACUUCCUGAAAAAAAAAAAAAGCGAUGGUUACGGCAUCGGAAACCGCCCAAACUAUCACGCGCCAUCCCUCCCCCACAUGUAAGAGACCACCAAACCA